GCACCUCACAGAAAACAGCUACAGAAGCGAGAAAGAAAGCAAGACCAAGAGGCCAUUGUCGCCAGAGAGAAACACAAACACCAACACCAACACCAAGAAGAAGGGAGAGAAAAUGGGUAACUGUAACUUGCCCAUCUUGAUGACCAUUGUGGUGUUAUCCGUGGUGGGUUUCGCGAAUUUAGCAGGGGCGCAGACCCCAUCUUGCGCCCAGAACCUGAUCCCGUGCGCCGCCUACAUCAACUCCAGCACCCCAGCAGCCAACUGCUGCACCUCAAUCAAAGAUGCCGUCGACACCCAGCUCGACUGCCUCUGCGGCCUCUACACCAGCCCUGGUUUGCUCCAGUCUUUCGGCAUCACCGUCCAACAGGCUCUCAAUCUCUCCCGGAACUGUAAUGUUACCACAGAUAUCACUAAAUGCAGCAAUGCUUCGUCUCCUACAUCUCCAACCCCAGGAAAGGACAACAAUGGAGCAGGCAAGAUAGGGUGGACUGGCGGUUCUACUUUAUUCCUUGUCUUGGGUUCUAUGAUGUUUUGUUAGGGCUACCUACACAUAGGAAUAUAUAUCAUGGUAAAUAAUAUUAAUACUGAGAUCAUUUCAGUAUUAGGCAGCUGCCUUCCGAGAUCUUAUUUGUAAUUUUUACAUGUUCACUAUUGAUAUUUAAUUGAUUUGAACAAUAUUAUUAUCCCAGAUGAUCUACUUAAUCA